UUGUGCUCAGUCAUAAAAGAAAAGGGAAAGGGAAAGCAGAGUCAUCGCAGUUGCUGGGUUUUCACUCUUCACAGACCAAGCAAAAACAAUAGAAAGUGAAAAAUGCCUCGUCGUCGUUUCGCCCUCGCCGCCGUUUUCGUCCUCGCAAUCCUUCCUCAUAUUCAGGGUUUGGCGAACGAUGAGCAGCACGAUCAGAUCUCCAUACGAUCAUCGCCGUUCGAAACAGCCCUCGAAACCCUUCAGGUGCAAAUUGGGUAUAAGUACAAAAAAAUUGGUCUCCUGCGCCGUGCCAUGACCCAUGCCUCCUUCUCCGAAGAGAACAACAAGGCACUGAGCAUUUUGGGUGCCAAUGUCAUAGAAACAUCGGUCUCUAUGAGAUCACUUGAAAGCAACCUUGAGAUAUCUGCAAAAGAGUUGAACCGCCGCAUUUCUGAUGUCUCGAAAGUAGAAUCUUCCUGUGCUGCUGACGGGAAGCGAUUGGGGUUGCAUAAGGUGGUUAGAGUCUCUCCCAAGACGGAUUCUUCAGCUCCCUUGGUGGUUUGUGGGGCUUUCAGAGCGGUCUUUGGUGCAAUUGCUCUUGAUACUGAGAAGGCUGAUGAUGCUGGAGAAUAUUUCUGGCGUGUUCAUGGUGGCCAAGUUGGAGGAGCUCUUGCAAUGUAAGCGCAGCUCGCUCCCUAUCAGCUCUCAGUAGAUAUUAUGCUAGAGUACUAGCUGCUACUUGUGGGAUUUAGUUUAGUACCAGAGGGACUGGUUUGCUGUGAUCUUUCUGUUUGUUAAUAUGGUUUGACAAUAUCGGUCAUUUGGAAUACUUUGUGCCUUUGUCCCUAAACAAUAUUAUGCUACUUGUAAUUUCGUACGUGCGAAAAACAUUGUUAAUCUAGUAUGUUUGUUUGAUAAAAGAAAGGGCAUUUCGUAUUUCAGCUGUA